CAUAGGGGCGGUGCGGUGGGGCGAGAAGUCUGGUAGAGGCAGUGAGGGGCCAGGCAGCAGGCAGCGCCCAUCAUGGUGGACAGCGGCACCUUACCUGCUCACUCGCUGCCUCCGCACACUCGUUGCUGUCGUCCCAGUUAUUUUGGUAGCACAUUGUGAAGCCAGUAGACAAGAGGGCCUUGAGGAGUAGUGAAGAGGAAAGGGAGAGAAAAUAUUGCAGCACCACCACCACCAUCAAAAGCAGAAACACUAUGGCAGAUGAGUGUGUUGUAUGUGGGGAAGCAGAGGAAGGAAAGCCCCUCUACAAGAAACUUGGUUCAGGAGAGUUCAAUGUGGAGGUGAUCACAGCACUCAAAGCCUUGCAGAUGGUGAGCAUUCCAGAAGCAGCCAAGAACACCAGCUACAUUUGUUGGGACUGUGACGAGCUUAUUGUGGAGCAGUAUGAUAGGUACCUUCGGGAGCAACAGGCAGCAGCAGUGGUACAGAAGCAGUCAAAGAAGCAGCAGCAGCAGCAAAGCAAGAAAAAGAAAAAAUCCAAACCAAGCAAACUGAAGCUGAAGAUCUCCAAGGAUGCCAAGAGAGAGAGUAAGUGGGGCAUAAGCAAGCCUCAGCCACAGAAACAGAGCACCAAGAAGCCAGGCAUUGUUGCUGAUAGUAGCACCAGUACUGUUGCAACCACCCUCUCCAAAACUAAACGACUAGAACAGCAGCGUGCCACCAAUGCUUACCAUUCUUCCCAUUGCCUUAUGUGUGACAACAAUUUUGAGACGAGACGCAUUUAUCAACGCUUUUCCCUCAAGAACAGAAUCAAUGAUGAAAUGGACAUUGCACAAGUGAUGGAGGUACUAGGCUUAGCAAGACACGUUGCUCCUGAAUUGAAGGCACGCAGGUUUGUGUGCAACCCUUGCUUCUUUAUCAUCCGCCGCAACUACAAGGACAAACUAAUGAAGGAGGUGUCAGAGGAUGCCAAAACUAUACCCUUGUCUCCAGCCAUAAGUAACCUCAGCUCUCAGGGAACCAUUCACCGCGCCACCACCGAGGAGCAUGCUGCCGAGAUUGCCAAGUUGCUACCUCCUGACCUGGCCGAGUGUUAUAAAAUAGUGACUGAAAACCCAGUGAAUGUAAGACAGGAGACACCAAGUGCUUCAGAGAAAGGUCUUGCUGAUGGAAGUGGUUGUCAGAUAGAUGAAGAAGAGCAAGACUAUGAGGAAGGGAAAAGAGAACAGGACAAUGAUGAUGAUGGUGGUGUGGUGGAGGAGGAGGAGGAGGAAGAAGAAGAAGAAGAAGAAGAAGAAGAAGAAGAAGAAGAAGAAGAAGAAGAAGAGGGAGCCUUACAAGUGUCCCAAGAUGAACAUGGUAAUUACUUUAUUGAUAUUCCUGACAAAGGGGACGCUUUAGAAAACAACAAAGUCCUCACUGAACAAGAGGAACAGGCAGCUGUUUUUCAGACUGCCCGGAGGAAGAAGAAUGUAUUGCUGCCGAGAAGGAUGCACAAACACCUCUCCUUCAGUCCUCAGGCAACACCAUACAAGCACACCAAUGUCCCUGGUGAAGACAAUGGGGAGAACAAGGCAGUGGAAGAGUACGAGAAGAGCUCAUCCAUCUCCAUCUCAACAGUUCAGGAUUGCAGCAGGAAGUGUAACAUCUGUGGCAUUACUAUUACAGGCAAACCCUCUAGCUGGUGGCACACCCUUGCCAGUCCUCUGGAUGGCUUGGAGACCAUCAAUGUCACCACUGCCCUCAAGUUGCUGGAGACUUGCUUGACCAGCCUCAGCCAGAGUAUGCAGGAGGAUCAAUCUGUGUGUCUCCCUUGCUACACCAAAGUAUCUACAGGAAUGAAGUCCCAGGUGGUGCAGAGGAUUGCGCGCCACAAAAACAUAGAUGUUAGUGAAGUGAACCUGUCACGAGUGAAGGUGCGAAUGGUGGCCAAGGAAUGCCCGCAGCUGGGUGAAGUGUUUGGCCAACAGGAGAGGACCAGCAAAGCAGCCAAAUCUUCAGAAAUGGUGAGGUCAAGUGAGAGGUCAACAGAGAGCCAUGCCCCCCAAGUCAUUUCAGAGGAGAGUGGUGACGGUGAGAAGGAAAACAUGGAUAUUGAGAAACACAGUCACAAGAGAAAACUUAGUGAAGAAAAUGUAUUCCCUGACAAAAAGAGGAAGUUGUGCGAAAGUGACGUGGAUGUGACAACGGUUUUGAGUGUCCAUGAUGGCGAGGCAAAGUCCAGUCGGGAUUAUGCUAGUUCAAGUGCACUACCAGUCUUCUCUCCCAGAGGUGGCAAAAGGAUUCAUUGUUUUAGAGGAAGGAAUGGAAGGUUUUUGAAAAAGGCAGUGACAGAGAUGUUUAGUGUUGCAGAGGACCCACAGUCACAGCAGGUAGGGACUCUUGUCACUGGUGGCCAUGAAGAGAAGACACCUGUGCUACAAGGAUCUCCAGAAAGAGUGAAAAAAGCAAAUAAAGAGUGCAAAGAGACAGAACCUUUGGUAAUUCUGAAAGAUCUCAAGUUUGUGUUGCCUCGAGAAGCUUUUAGUGGAAAGGCAGUGUCAUCUCAUAAGAUAGAAAGCAUCAUGGAACCUUCAAGACUACUUUCAUCUGAGCAGCCAUUAUCUUCUUGCAGUGAGCUAGACACUAACUCAUCUCCUCUACAACUUGUCUUCAAUGCCCUGUCUACCUACCAUCCUCUGCCAAGUAUCAGCAGAGAGAUAGCUCCAGCAGCCAACACCCCAGAGCACGCACCUUCUAAAGUGAAUGGCUGCUGUGUGGUGUGUGGUGUCAAAUAUUUGGUACCUCUCAGUUGUUGGCACAGCGUGGAGGAAAAUAUCCGGCCUCCUACGCUGCUGGUACCUGUCCGAUGGGUGUGCAUCUCUCUGGCUGUUCCCCUCCCUCAGGUCUCUACAGAGGAUGCUCACCUUGCCAGGGUGUGCAAGAGCUGCUUUGAGCGGCUUGGGGAUCAGUUUGAAGUGUUUGUGAAGAGGAAGGUGGGAGAGUCAUGUGGGCUGGAGGCUGAGGCUGUGGAUUUGUCAGAAUACUUGUUCACCUUCAACACGCAAACCAUGAACCUGGAGGCUGACCCAAAGCAGCAGUCAUACAUUCAUGAAUUUGAGGACGUAGGACAGCUGCUUCAAAGAAUACAAGUACUGGUGGAGCAGUUCAGCAUGGAUGAGGUGAUUGGCGAAGGUAAACGUCAGCCAUUGCAGGAGCAGCACUUCUCUGUGUGGUUGGUAUUGGUGAUGAAUGAGCUCAGGAUGCAGGUGGGAGCUGCUAUUGGAGAUCUAGCCUGCUGGCUGGCAGCCCUUAUGCCUGUGACCAUGUAUGACAGUGGGUUGAGGCCAUGCCCUAACAACCUGGCCUCCUUCCUGCUCAACACCAGCCAGUGCUCCAAAGCCCUGACAGGAGAUAUCCUGGAAGGACCAAUUCCUGCAUGGAUUUUUGUAGGUACUGACACUAGUCAGGCAGGUACAGUGCAGGACAGCAGAAAUGUAGGUGAAGAAUUGUGCUGGGAAGACUUCUUGCUGCAUGUGAACCUUGAUGCUUUAGUGGGAGGCAAAGCCACCCCAGUGUCAGCAGUGCACUUCACACAGGGGCUCGUGUAUGCUGUGUGGCGCACCUCUCAGCUACUUGGAGAGGGAGAGCAUCAGGUGGUGGACUGGCUAAGACAGCUCUCCCCACUCCCUCUCACUAAGGAACAGCUGGAAAGUCUGGUCACAAUGAUGGGACAGCUGCACAAUCAUCUUGAGGAUCAUCCUGAAGACAUUCAUGAACUACAGCAUGCAGUCAUUCCACAGUUACAAAGGGAACAUUUGAAAGCACAAAACUUAUCCCGACCCAAUGUUCCAGCCUACAGCAGUCAUGUGGUAGGAGAAGACACAGAUGGUGUUGAGAUUCACAAUACUUGCAAAAAUAAUACCGAGUCAAAGAAAGAUAAAAGGCUUGCUCACUAUCCCAAGAAAGCAUCAGUAAUGAAAAAUAGAAAAGAAUGUCCCACAUUCAAACACAAAAAAUCUAAGAGAUUUAAAUCAAAUAAUUCAGAGAUGCACAUAAAAGCAUCAAAGAGUGAUGACAGCAAUAAGGAAAUGGUCAUCAGUCCAGCCCAGGCCAUACCAUCAGCAGGAGACACACACACUUCUUGUCUUCCACACCCAAAUGACUCCAAUGCAACUCCUGCUCAAUCUCAAUCUGAAUCUUUGCAGGAUGUUUCCAUUGCUCACAAACCAAUUAAUGGAACUGCCAUUUCUGUGCCAGACCCAUCAUUCUCAUCAAAGGCUUUAGAGAAGACUGUAGCCAAUGAUGAGUUUGCAUCCAUCACUGGAAUCUAUGAAGAAACUGCACUCACUGUUCAGUCUGAUGAGGCUUUACCUGCCAGCAGAACCCCACAGCAAAGUAUUAGUAAGUCACCUGAGGAAGUGAUAUCUGUUAAUGAAACAUCACAACACACUACUGUCAGUGUAACUUUAGAACAAACUACUCAAAAUACUGGUGAAGAAGUUACAUCCGUCAUUGGAACAUCAGAACAAACUAGUGAAAAAGUUACAGUUGUCAGUGGAACUUUAGAAGAGACAGUAACCAUGAUUGGAACUUCAGAACAAACUACAGCCACUUCUGGGUCUGAUGAUGCUGAGACAGUUGCCAUCACUGAAUCCUCUGAAAGAAUUGUUUCUACCAGUGAAGCCUCAGAAAUUACCACAGCCAUUCCUAGGUAUGCUGAAGAGAUUGCUGCCUUCAGGAGUACCUUUGAAGAUAAUGUAGCUAUCAAUGAAACCUUGGAAGUGACCACCACUGCUAAGCCUGCUGAAGACACUCAGGUCGUCAUUGAAACCGCAAAGAAGAAUGAAAGCAUUACUGAGGCCAUUGAAGAUGCUGUUACCACACAUGAGCCUACUGAUGAGUCUGAUACUGUCAGUGGAACCUCAGAAAAGAUUGCAUUGAGCAAAGGGACCUUGGAAAAAACUGCAACAACUAGUGGAACUUAUGAUAAAAUUGUGAUGACUAGUACAACCUCAGAAGAUAUGCUGACCACUGGAACCUCAGAAGAGAUAGCAGUUGUUUGUAAAACUGGUGAAAAGACUGCAGUUGUCAGUGGAACCUCAGAGAAGAUAGCUUUGUCCAGUGGAAUCCCAGAAAAAGCCUCAGUGAUGAGUGGAUCCUCAGAAAAGACUGUCUUGGUCAGUGGAGUCUCUGAGAAGACAGUAUUGGACAGUGAAACUUCAAAGGAGAUUGGACUGACUACAUCAGAAGAGGGAGUAAUACCAAAUAAAUGUCCUGAAGAGACCACAGCCAAUGAAGGCUCUUUUCACUACACUCAUACAAAUACCACUCUGCUUGCUGCAGAGGUGACUGCUUCCUUAACAUCUGCAAAAGAAAGUGCAGUUAUCAGUGAAGUCACAGGAAAUGCUGCUGCCAUUCCUGAACCUUGUGAAGAAACAUGGAGCACCAAUGGAAUCCUUAAAGAGACCAGUGCUCCUUUUGAACCCACAAGAAAGAUUGAAGUUGAUGCAGCAUCUGCAGAAGUGAUUGCAGGAACCAUUAAGGAGUUUCCAGCUUCCCUUCAGCAUCCUCAAGAACCUUUGACUAAUGCUGAACUUGACCACAAUGCCAAGACCACUUGUAAGUUUCAACACGACACUUCACUCGCCACUCAAGCAGCUAGCGCUGUGUGUGUGUCUUCAGGACAAAGAGAAGUGUUACAUGAUCAUUGUGAAGAGAUUGCAAGUACAGCUGUGCAUACCACAGAGAUUACUACUGCCAACACUAGACCUUCCACUGGUCAUGGAAAUGUUACCACUACAACCACUGAUUGUCACACCACAGAUAACAAGGUGGAUGUUAUCAUGACCACCACUCAACAUAUACCAUCUUCAUCCUUUGCUACCAACAUGCUCACCACAUCAGCCACAGAGGAUGCUACCAGCACCACUCUGGUAAUUGAUGGUCCACAAGAGACAGUACCUAUAAGUUUGAAAGUAGGGAACUCAAAUACACAGAUGAGUGAAUGUGAUGACAUUUUCAUUAAAACUGUGGGAUCUUUCACUGCCUUGGACUCAACGCGUGGCAAGAUCUGUGCAGACACAACCUUGGACUCAACGCCUGGCAAGAUCUGUGCAGACACAGCCUUGGACUCAACACCUGACAGAUGUGCAGACACAGCCUUGGACUCAACACCUGGCAAGAGCUGUGCAGACACAGCCUUGGACUCAACGCCUGGCAAGAUCUGUGCAGACACAGCCUUGGACUCAACACCUGACAGAUGUGCAGACACAGCUUUGGACUCAACAUCUGGCAAGAGCUGUGCAGACACAGCCUUGGACUCAACACCUGGCAAGAGCUGUGCAGACACAGCCUUGGACUCAACACCUGGCAAGAGAUGUGCAGACACAGCCUUGGACUCAACACCUGACAGAUGUGCAGACACAGCCUUGGACUCAACACCUGACAGAUGUGCAGACACAGCCUUGGACUCAACACCUGGCAAGAGCUGUGCAGACACAGCCUUGGACUCAACACCUGGCAAGAGCUGUGCAGACACAGCCUUGGACUCAACACCUGGCAAGAGAUGUGCAGACACAGCCUUGGACUCAACACCUGACAGAUGUGCAGACACAGCCUUGGACUCAACACCUGACAGAUGUGCAGACACAGCCUUGGACUCAACACCUGACAGAUGUGCAGACACAGCCUUGGACUCAACACCUGACAGAUGUGCAGACACAGCCUUGGACUCAACACCUGGCAAGAGCUGUGCAGACACAGCCUUAGACUCAACACCUGGCAAGAGAUGUGCAGACACAGCCUUGGACUCAACACCUGACAGAUGUGCAGACACAGCCUUGGACUCAACACCUGGCAAGAGCUGUGCAGACACAGCCUUGGACUCAACACCUGGCAAGAGCUGUGCAGACACAGCCUUGGACUCAACACCUGACAGAUGUGCAGACACAGUCUUGGACUCAACACCUGGCAAGAGCUGUGCAGACAAAGCCUUGGACUCAACACCUGGCAAGAGCUGUGCAGACACAGCCUUGGACUCAACAUCUGACAGAUGUGAAGACACAGCCUUGGACUCAACACCUGGCAAGAGCUGUGCAGACACAGCCUUGGACUCAACACCUGGCAAGAGCUGUGCAGACACAGCCGUGGACUCAACACCUGAAAAGAGCUGUGCAGACACAGCCUUGGGCUCAACAUCUGACAAGAGCUGUGCAGACACAGCCUUGGACCCAACACCUGAAAAGAGCUGUGCAGACACAGUCUUGGACUCAACAUCUGACAAGAGCUGUGCAGACGCAGCCUUGGACUCAAUGUCAGACACAGCCUUGGAUUUAAUGUCUGACAAGAGCUGUGCAGACACAGCCUUGGACUCAACGCUUGACAAGAGCUUUGCAGACACAGCCUUGGACUCAAUGCCCAACAAGAGCUGUGUAAACAACUCCAAGCAACAAUCUAUGGUGAAAUUAUUGUCAGAUGAAGUGUUUAGGAAAACUUCUGGCCAAGCCGCAAAUCAUAAAUCAAAAGUAAUUUUGAAGAAAACAAAUGAAUAUGACAAACUUCGUGCCUUGGGUACAGGUCCAGAAACACAGAUAGAGUUAGAGCAGAAGAAUGAAAAUUAUGUCAAUAAUUUGAAGCAGAAUGGCUCAAGUCCCAGUGGUAAAAGGAAGUCCAGUGGGACAAGCAACAACACUACAGCCAAGGUUCACAUUGUGGCUGUAGCCAAAAAGGAGAGUAACACACCACAUCAAGUAGAGGACACUGUUGUGCAUGGCAUGGAAAAGAGUAGUGUGCAAAUCAUUCAGAAUUACAAGAAUGACUCGCCUGAAAAGAAUGCAGUGCUGCCUUGCAAAAAUUCCAAAGACAUUGAAGUGUUAUCAAAGAAAAAGAAAGUUCCUCAAGAAUUACCUCUAAUUUUACACAGCAGUAAACCAUCGCUACACAGAAGUGAAAGGGUUUGCAUCAAAGUCUUCUCUUCCAAGGCUAAGACCUUAACACAAGAAAAUUGCACUAAGAAUUUGGUUAGAAAUAAAAAAGAAAGUGUGUGGCUUUAUCAAAACCCUUGUAAAGAGAGGUUAAAACAAAAGAAAGAAGGUAAGACAAGCCAUGGCCCACCACCACUUGACUUGGCAUAUCACCAAGAAGACAGGGAGAGUAAUAAUAACACUGCGAUCUCUUCUCUGUCAUCCCCAAAGCCGUCUUGCAAAAAUGAAGUAAGGCUUGCCAGUGCUAGUCAUAUCAAAGAUAAGCUAAAGCACAGCAGUAGUAGAAGUGAAAAAUAUAAAUUGGAUAUUAAUAAUUGUACUAUUCCAAAGGCGAAUGAAAGUGUUCCAGUCCUGAAAAGUUCCGAAGACAAAAACUCUUGUGCUGAGGGAACUUCAGGGAGGCAUCAUAAAGUUUCUAGUACAAGUGUUAAGAAAGCUAAAAACAAGAAUAUAGAAAACAGUUACAACAAAGAAACAGUAGAUGAAACACCAGAAAAUUCUAGAGAUGGAAAGAAAUGUACAAAUAAACAGUACCAUAAACCAUUAACUCCAAAAAGUGCAAAGGUUGAGUUGGAUGAUAAAAAGAAAGGCUUUGAAAAAACAAGAGACAAGUCUCUAAUGUUUGAAGAAAACAAACUGUUAAAGAAAAGCAAGCUUUCUUCUCCUGUAAGUGGACCAGAAAGAUGUGUGAAUAAAACUGUGCCAGGUGUGACUCCAAACAAGCAAGGCACACCUUGCAAAAAGCCAAAGGAGAAGAAACAGAAGCUUACCUUUGAGGAGCUCAUGAAUUAUGAUGCCAGCAGCCUUGGCCAUUCCUAGGUACAGUACAGUACCUGGUAACCUUAGUGUACAAACCCAUGUAAAUGUUGUACAGUUCAUUGUGUCUUAAGGUGUGUAGGCUUCCUUGAAAUGUAUUUCUCCAGACAACUCUGUUUAUGCAUUUAGUUUUAGAAGUAAGCAUUUUAAGGAAACAAAAGAAUUUUGAAUUACUUUUGCUGUGAAUGAAUGAGACAGCCACCCAUACAUGCAUGCAUAUUGCACUAUUUCAUCACUCAUUCACAUAUUCAGCAAAGAUUUUGGUCUGUAACAUUAAACAUAUUAUUUGUUAAUACUGUAAUGCUAUCAAUUUAACUGUGGUUAGGUAAGAAAUUCCACACAAACUAAAAGGCUGCUCAUUUUUAUUGCCCCAUAUAACAGUGUUCUAAGUCCGAGUCUAAGUUUAGUUCAGGAAGAUUAUAGCCAUAAGGGGAAAUUAAGACUUAAUUAGUUAGGACUUUGUUGUCUAUCCUUACUCCUAAUCCUCUGAUCAUCUGUACACAAACUCUGUUAUCUAUAUCAUCACCAUCUGAUGCUUUCAGCAAAUGUAAAUCCUCUUCCAAGACAGGUUACCACCAGACUGAUCCUGCAAACUAUCACCCCAUCUCUAACAUCAUUUCCUUUCAAAAUUUUUGAAUGCGUAAUGCACAAAUGUAAUUAAUCAUCUUGAUCCAAAACAACAUCCUUAAUACACAUAAAGGUUUUUUACCUAAAUGCUCAUGUGAAAUACAACUAAUUAGCACAUUUUACAACAUUACACAACAACUUGACUGAUAUGACAUGUGUACUUGAUUUUGCCAAAGCUUUCAAAAAGUCUCUUACAAGAUACUUACAUGUAAAUUGAAAUAGUACUACUAUUUUUGGGCCACUUCAAUGGACUUAUGUGUAAGAUCAUAAGCAAUCAAAUUAACAUUGAUUCACAAUUGUACCUACAUAGAACAAACAUUGUACUACACGCUUGUAACACACAUUCAAGCACAACAAGCAUAAACAUACUAACAUUGAUGUGUACAACCAUUCAUACUUGGCAUGUACUAGUACCAUGAAAGGCUGGAACAAACUUCCCCAAUGUAUUUUAGACUGGCACAAUAGACACAUUUUCUAAAGGCAGGUUCACAUGAGUUAAUAUGCAGCUGAAAUUGCAAGUUGGUAGAAGUAUUGACUGAGAUCUUCUAAUCUGAACAUGGUCACACAGCGACUGGGGAGUAUCAGCUGGUGGGUGGGAAGUGAAUGUAAACGAACAGCUACCCAACAAAAUGUCUUCCUCUGGUGACGAUGACAAUUGCAAUCUAAUUAAAUCAUCACAAGUUUUCAAUCAUCACCUCCAACAACACCCUGCUUAGAGGGAAACAGUUCUUAGAAAUUGGCAAAUUAGCUUAUGCAAAUCAAAUGUUGAUUUGCAUAAGCCUUUUUUUGUUGUAUAAUUCAUUUUUAGGGCCCCUGAUGUGCUUUUUCCCUCACUAACUCCAACAUUCUACAUCUGGACACCAUAUUUUCAAACCUUUCUCUGUGACAUUACAAUAUAAACAAAUUCAUAAAAUGACUGAACAAGACCACAAAUUGGUCUUGUUUUGCAACUGGUUUCUCCAGUUGCUUGGCACCAAUAUUCAGUUGGAAACUCUACCAACUUCCAAUUUCAGUCACAUAUUGACACAUGUGAACCCACCUUAAUAAAGUACACACUCACUCAUCAUAAUUCAACAUACACCUAAACACACAUGACACAUUGGAUUAACUUCCCUCCUUUCCAUACUUGUCCCUUUCCCCUCCUCAUCAGCUAACUCAGCAUGUGUAUUAUGCUCUAGCUGUGGUGCCCUGUACAUUUAUGCUCUCAAUUACCACCACAAAUGUUGAUAUCUGUAAUUGAGUACCUGGGUUUUUUUUUUUUUUUUUUUUUUUUUUUAUUAAUUUUCUAUAUACAGUAUUCAUUUUAUUUACCUUAUUGAUUGAUUUUUCUAUUUAUUGUUAAUUUAUUUAUGUAUUUAUUUAUUUUUAGACUAAUAAUAACAUUGUGUAUAAGAAACUAAGUUGUGAACAAGCAUUAGUGUGGUGAGUGAACAGCUUAAGGAAUGCCACACACAUGGUAGAGCAUAACAAUGCAUGUCAGCCUAUGUGAUUCAGUAGGCAGAGCUAGGUACAAAAUUUAUAUAAUUCUUGUUAUUACUAGUAUUCAAGUAUGAUUUGAUGGUUUAUUUAGAAAAUAAUGCACGGUCAGUUAUGAAAUAUAUGUGCUCCUUGAUGCAAGUUCCCUGGGAUUUAAAGUGAUCAAGUGCAGUAUAUGUACAAACCUUUUGUUUAUUUGUAUUGGCAGCACUCUGGGUAGUACAGUGGUAACGCGCUGGCCUGCCAUUGCUAAGGUCGGCAGAUCAGGUCUGGCUCAGGCUCAUGAUUUUAAGCUGUUUAAAUACUGGAAGGUUACUGCGGUGGUUAGGCUGCCACAGUGGAAAGUUGGGUUCACCUGGCUGAUGUUCUGGAGAGUAUCAGAUGUGAUGCAUACCAGAACUAAAACCAAUGAAUUUUAACUUUUUAACAUAUCUUAUUAGUUUCACUUUAUAUGUGGCAUCUCAUAUUAGGUAUAUGUUUAGUGUGGAAGGAAAGCUUUAUGAUAAAAAUGGAGAAAAAAAAGUGUUAUUUUGAAAAAUUCAUGAACCCACAAGCAGAUAGGAAAGAAAUUUCUCAGAGUUUUUCUUAUAUAUUCCAGGUCUUCCAAAGAUUUCUUAGUCUGUUGUUAUUUUUCAUAUUUCUUCUAUAUUAUUGCUAUGAUACAUGUUUUGCAAGGAGGAUAUGUGUGUCAUUCUUCAUGCAUUCAGACAUUAAUUUUUAAUGAUGUAAAGGAAUAGUUUUUGGGGAGAGGUAAAGGAGAAUGCAGUUGUUUAAUAAAGAUGUAUUGCCAAUAGAAAUGUGAAGUUAGUUCAAUACAAAAAUAUCUGCUCACAAACUGUAUAUAGCAUUAUUGAAGAAUUGGCUGUUGCAGAUCUAGUUCAGUGAUCUCCAUUCAAGUAAUGGAUUAAUACGCUUGUCCUAUCUCUCUGUCUGUAAUGAUCUGUCCAACUGUCCCGAACAUAUGUUCCCCAAGAGCUUUACCAAGGAUGGCUGUGAGGGAGUUGUAAACUAACACAGAGCAGAAUGAAAGAUGUUCAAAUAAUAAAUAUCACACAUUGUAUCUUAAUUCUGUCUAAAAGAAAAAGCUAAUCUAAUUUAGACCUAAUAGAUAAAUCCUCAAUUAUUAGUAUAUCCUCUCUCUGAGGGAACAUACUCCAAAGGAUGGUUAGGAGUAAACAUCUUCCACCUUUCUCUUCUUGCUUUCCCAAGGAUCCUACCUUCUCUUACACUUAUUUCAUAUGUAAUCCUUUACCCUUCUACCUUCCAAGUGGCCUUUCUUUCUUUUUAGGAUAUUCAUCUUCAUUUAUUCUUUUAUAAAUCUAUCUCCAGGAUAUCCCUUUAUAUAACCAUUUUACUUUUUUCCAUUCAUUCACCUCAGUUUCUAUUUGUUGAUUUACCACUGCUAGAAGCAUCUUUUUCACUCUGCAAGCAACACAAUAUCAUUUGCAGACAUGCUGCCAAAGCCAUCCAUCCCAUUCUUAGUUUAGCACCAACAUUACCCACCAAGUUUUCACCACUUUUAUACACCUAUCAUAAAAAUAAUUAACUUAGGAAUAUAACAAAAUACAUUACUCUCUUACACCUACUUUUAUUGUAAGACCAAGCUCCCCUCCACCUUCACACUAGCAUUUGCCUCUGUAUAAUUAAGUCUUUAUUCCUUGUAACAAUUAUGAAUUUUAGAAACAUUCCAGAGAGCUUCCCUUUUAGUACUAUAUUAUAUAUUUUUCUUCAUGUCCAUGAAAAGCUGCAUGUAAAUUUUCUCCUUAAGUACUUCUUUAUUAUGAUUGAAAGUGGGUAGCUAUGUGGUGGUGCUCUGCUUUCAGAAUCAGUGGUGGUUCACAUUAUUAUCUUGAUGAGGAGUAGCACUAAAUUAUAUAUAGUCUCUCAUAUCUGGCUUAGGAAUUCUUUCACUGGCAUUCUUAUUGUGAAAAUGUUUCUCUCUCUCUCUCUCUCUCUCUCUCUCUCUCUCUCUCUCUCUCUCUCUCUCUCUCUCUCUCUCUCUCUCUCUCUCUCUCUCUCUCUCUCUCUAUAUAUAUAUAUAUAUAUAUAUAUAUAUAUAUAUAUAUAUAUAUAUAUAUAUAUAUAUAUAUAUAUAUAUAUGCUCCUUAGGCUCGUGAAGUUACUCUCCUCCAUCUUAUAGUAAGAACUUUCCCACCAACUUCUUUUUACACUUAAAAGUGCAAUUACUCUCCUCCACUCAUCUGGUACUUCCUACAUCCAUGCUGUCACAUAUACUACAUCAUAUAUUUUAACAUUUCUGAUUCCAUCUUUAGCUCCAUGACACUUUAACCUGUCUAUUGUUUUCUCCAUCUGUUCCCUAUUAAUUUCUGUGUAAACUCUCCACUUCCUACCCUACUUAUACUUUUAUUAAACACUUGCUUCCUACCCUAUGAUCAAAUUAGUUGUUUUUCCCUAUAUUGUUUUCCAUACCCUGCUUCUUACAGUAAUACUACUUUUCUAUUCUUUGAAUACUCUCUCACUGUCCUCUUCCCCUCCUACAUCUUACUUUUUUUUUUUUUUUCAGCCAGCUUUCUACCAAACUUUUAAAUUCUCCCAUUUACUUCCUUUUAUCACCAUCAUUUUCCAUUGAUUAGAUAUGUACCAAGUUCUCACUCUUAAUAAAUCUCAACAGUAUUUUAGCUCAUUUGUAAGAAGAAUCAUGUAAUAUCUAUUUGGAAUAUAAUAUUUUUCCACAUUAA